CUUGUUGAAGCCGAAAUUCGCCGUGAACAGGACGAGGCGCGGGCUGUGGAGGAAGCCUGUGAUGCCAUAGAUUCUGAUGAGGGCCAAGGCGACCCUGUGGCUGAACAAGAAGAGUACGAAAAGUGGAAAGUUCGAGAGCUGCGUCGUAUUAGAAGAGACAAGGAAGCUAGGGAGAAUAUACAACAAGAGAAAGAGGAGGCAACUUUGUUUCACAUAAUUUUCUUAACAUCGUGCCACACGAAUAUGAACGAUAUUCAGCGUCAGGAGGAAUUCAGAAAAAAUCCUAAACUUAUUACUAACAAAGCUAUCAAAGGGAAGUAUAAAUUCAUGCAGAAAUAUUUCCAUCGUGGUGCUUUCUUCGUCACAGCCAGUGAAACUGACGUAUAUAAGCGAGAUUUUGCCCAACCUACCCUAGAGGAUCAUUUCGACAAGACGAAACUUCCAGCCGUGAUGCAGGUCAAAAACUUUGGCUUGGCUGGGAGGACGAAAUACACUCAUCUUGUGGAUCAAGAUACAUCUACAUUCGACUCCCCUUGGUUCGCCAACACUAUGACGAAUAUAAAGUUUCAUGAACUCCACGGAGGUGGAGUAAAAUCGGUAUUCGAAAAACCGCUUUUUAAAUCAAAGAAGAAGACAGACGCUUGA